AUGAUAGAAGCAAAAUUAAAUGAUUGCGUAGACGACAACAAGGUUGCGAAGCCUGAUUGUUUAUGUGAUCGCUUAACGCGGCGACAGGAAUCAUCAUUUUGGUUGGGGCUUUGCUAUAUUUUGGCAUCCAUCUCCAUUUAUGAUGACUACAGCAAUGAUGUCCUAGACAUGGCCAAUGGCUCCUGUUUUCCUAGACCCAUUUAUCGAAAGAAGGAUAUGCAGUCAGUAGAUAAACCUGAAGAAUCUCAAUCUGUUAGAAGUUGUCCCUCUCUUACGGAUUUGGUUAAGAAUCUCAUUCUUGAGCUGAAACCUUUGGAGCUUCUUGAUCGUCUUUUUAAGGAGUGUAAGCGGCAAGGGGAAAUUGUCGUCUCCAAUGGAUUAAUAACACUUGAAGAUAUUGAGCAUGCCAGAUCCAAUAAUGACAUCACAGUCAUUAGCAUUGGCUUACCUGCUUACUGCAUUCUUCAGACAAUCCUUCGUUCGGCAAAAGCCGAUUCAACUGGAUUGCUCCUGAAUGACAACGUUACGGAGAUUACUACCGCAAAUCGACCGCAAGAUGUAUUCUUUGAUUGGUUUCUGAGUCCUCUUCUGAUCAUCAAGGAGCAAAUAAAAGCAAUAAAUCUCUCUGAGGAGGAAGAGGACUACCUCUCUAGAUUGGUCUUGUUGGGUGAUGAUCCCAUUAGAAUGAAGAAUUCAAACAUCAGCUUGCCGCCAGAAUCUAAAUGCAAGUGCGCCGAACUUGAGGCAUUGGCUCGAAGGCUUCGAGGGAUCACCAGACUGAUAUCGAGAUUUCCAACAUUCAAACGUCGGUUUGGCAGUCUUGUCGAUGCAGUGUUUGAAGAUAUCAUCAAGAAGAAUGAUAGAAGCAGACCAAGUAGACGUAAAUUUUCCAAAUCAGAGAGUGCUAUUGGGAGGUUUCUAAAUCAGAUAUCUUUGAAAAAUAAAACAGGAAAUGAUGAGACUGAUCAAGAACCAAAUGUAGUUGAAAGAGAUGUGGAAAGCAAACUAACAUAGUUCUUUCUUCAGCUGUAAUCUUUUUAGUUUCUGUAUUAUCACUGAAGUGUUCAUCAGUAUAUUUGAAAAUUCAA